CGGGAACACCGGGCCUCGGCGCGGGCUCUGCACCCUGGGCUCCGGGACUUGACUUGCGCCUGUUACGGCCUCUGACCUCGACAGAGGAGACCCGGAUCUCAGGCUGCUUGAGGAGGGGCGAGGCGGGGGUAGUUGGGGGCCGAAAGAGCAGCACUAGUCCCUUUCUGUCUACCGCCGUCUCUCCCCGCCCCCCUGCGUCUCACUGCUCUCGUCCCUUUCUUGCUCCCGACCGGCCUGCUUGGGUCACAAGCCGGCUGCUCCGGUUCCUCUUUUCCAGGUCGUUUUGCUUUCUCCCACACACUGCUUGUUGGGUAAACAGCGACUCGAGCUGGGCUGGCGGGAUCUGGUAGGGCCUGGCUAGAGCGCUUGGUGCUUCCUUUCUUCCACGGUAUCAGGCAUGCCUGCGAAGGAUCUUGGUUGGAAGGUGGUGUCAUCGAGGGAAGUGUGUUACUGAGGGAGUGGCAGAAAAUGGAGGCCUAAGCAGAGGAAUCUACAUAGACAGCUAUACUUUCACCUGGGGGCCAGCCUGAGGACUCUCCCUUGACUGGGAUGAAUCUGCUACACCAUUUUUGACCUGGGCUUCCGCUUUGAUGUGGCAUGGUUCCUGACUGAGACUUCGCCCUUCAUGUGGUCAAACCUGGGCAUUGGCCUAGCUAUCUCCCUGUCUGUGGUUGGGGCAGCCUGGGGCAUCUAUAUUACGGGUUCUUCCAUCAUCGGGGGAGGGGUGAAGGCCCCCAGGAUCAAGACCAAGAACCUGGUCAGCAUCAUCUUCUGUGAGGCUGUGGCCAUCUAUGGCAUCAUCAUGGCAAUUGUCAUUAGCAACAUGGCGGAGCCUUUCAGUGCCACUGACCCCAAGGCCAUCGGCCAUCGGAACUACCAUGCAGGCUACUCCAUGUUCGGCGCUGGCCUCACAGUGGGCCUGUCUAACCUCUUCUGUGGAGUCUGCGUGGGCAUCGUGGGCAGUGGGGCUGCCCUGGCUGAUGCUCAGAACCCCAGCCUCUUUGUAAAGAUUCUCAUCGUGGAGAUCUUUGGCAGUGCCAUUGGCCUCUUUGGGGUCAUCGUUGCAAUCCUUCAGGUGCUGUAUCCCCCUGGGAAGCCUCUGUGUCCUUGUCCCUGCCUAGCUUUACCUUCUGUCCAGGAGAGCUGAAAUGCUCCCCUUUUCUGCCUAUAACCAUAGAACCCCCAGGCAGCUUCCACCUCCUCAUUCACAUCUGGUUUUCUCCUUUUGAGGCUUGCUUUCAGUUUAUUUUUGUCUCUGAUCUGGUGUCAUUGGCAACAGCCC